UAUCCUUUUUCAGUGGAGUGAAUGGCCAAUGGGAGUUGGCUUGUCGAGCAAACACUGAGCCCUGGGUUCCCAUUCAUUCAGUGCUGAACAGGCCCGCAGAGCUGGAGAGAGCGUACCGCUGCCUGCGAGCCAACGACGCUGCGUAACGCGAGCGCACAUUCACCCGCAACAACAAGUGAGAGCCGGGACUCAGACAGAGAGCUCCCCCGCACACACGCGCAGCGGAGAAACUCUUGGAUUUAAGCUCGCUCUUGUUUGAUUUUUUUUUUUACCCUCCCGAGACGUUUCUUUUCUUUCUUUUUUUUUUUACGCUCCUUUUUCCAUCUCUACAACUUCUCCUGCGGGACUUCUGUAACUGGGUUGUCUUGCCUUAAGAUCGGCCUCUCGAGUGCGCAGCCCCUCUCCCAUCCGAGCCUCCGCCGUGGAUUUUACUUUAUUUCAUCCCGGGACGAAUGCAGGCGUGACCCGCGCUGAACUCCUGCUACACCGACCGAGGAGAAGGAGAAGGGAAUAACGCACAGGGAUACAGUCGCACUUGGAUUUACAGGCUGUAAAUGUUAUGCAGCAGACCUCAUAGUCUACGCUUGGACAUUGCACUCUUCCUCUCUGGAUGGAGUUUUGAUCGGCUAUCCGGUUGAUGGAUUCGACGUUAUGGAUGGUUGCAUAUAGGUUUUCCGAUGCAUGCCAAGUCCACGGUGAAUGUCGGAAGUGGUGAUCCCCCCAGAUGGAGCUCCAAAGUCAACAUGGCCCCGGCGGUUCAUUAGUGGUGAUCCAGCAGCCUUCCCUAGAGAGCAGGCAGAGGUCGGAUUACGAGCGGGAGCUCCAGCAUGCCGCCAUUCUCUCCCUGGACCAAAUCAAGGCCAUCCGCUCCAACAACGAGUAUACCGAGGGGCCCUCGGUGGUACGGAGGCCCCCUGCGCCCCGCAUGGCCCCCAGGCCCCAGGACAAGCAGGAGAGGACUCACGAGGUCAUCCUCGUCAAUGUGAACAACAAUUAUGAGCACCGGCCGUCAGGUCACCACCACCACGUCGGGGGCGGUGUGGUGGUAGUGGCCGGGGGACAGCAGUAUGGUGGGUCCCGGGUGCCGGGGCUCAGCCGCUCCACUAGCACAGGAAGUGCCGCCAGUUCAGGGAGCAACAGCAGUGCCUCCUCUGAGCAGGGACUCUUGGCACGCUCGCCCCCCACCAGGCCCGGCAUGAGCUUACAGCACCACCACAGAGCGGAGCGGCCUGUUCGGACUCAGCCCAAGCCCAAGAUCCCCUUACAGCCCCAGCAGGGACCUCACUUCCACCAGCCUCCACUAGAGGCACCACUCAAGCCGCAGGGCAAAGGGAAAUCAGACUUUUCUAGCUCUGGCAACUUGGUGGUGGCUGCAGCCGGGCACCAGUUCAUCUGUGAGCGCUGUGGGAAGUGCAAGUGCAGUGACUGCACGGCUCCCAGGAGCCUGCCCUCAUGUCUGGCAUGCAACGGCCAGUGCCUCUGCUCAGCUGAGAGUGCGCUGGAGCACGGCACGUGCAUGUGCCUGGUUAAAGGCAUCUUCUACCACUGCUCCAAUGACGAUGAGGGGGACUCAUGUGCUGACCACCCCUGCUCGCUGUCACGCUCCCACUGCUGCUCUCGUUUCCUGUGCAUGGGAUUAAUGUCGGUACUCUUCCCCUGUCUGCUAUGCUACCCACCUGUCAAGGGGUGUCUGAAGGCGUGCCAGGGCUGCUACGACCGGGUGAACAGGCCCGGCUGUCGCUGCAAGAACUCGAACACUGUCUAUUGCAAACUGGAGAGCUGGGCCUCACAGACCCAGGAGAAACCUUCCUGAUCGCCCCUGUGCGUUUGUGAUUGCGUGUGUGCGGGAGACUCUUGAUGUGGAUUUUAUGAUGACAAUGAUAAUGAUGAUGAUAGUCACAAAUUAAUGUUUAUCAAACAUUCUAAGCACCUCCCACCCGCCUCCCCUCCUCGCUGCGGAACCCUAAGGAGCUAAGCAAAGGAGUAACGAAAACCACUCGAUUAUUUUUAUUUUUAUUUUUUUAUUUUCUCUGGAUCAGGACCAUGUUUUUACAGACCAGUGUUUGCCUUAACUGUUUCUAUGUCUAUCCUCAGCUCCUCAUUAACACUAUUUUUUUUAUAUAUAUAUGAAAAAGUUUUUCUUCCGUUUUAGGUUGGCAGAUUGCUCCGGGCCUAUGCGCCCAGCAGGAGCUGCCUCUCACCAAAUCUGUGAAGGACGAUCUACUAUAGGGCAAUUAUGUAGCUGUUACCUGGUAUUCAUAGCAAGCAGGUAUGUUUGAAUUUAUUGGUUGCUGCCACACUAAAACCGUGGUUCCUAUGCUCAUGUCGCAUUAACGAAAGCACAUCCAUCUCAUAGUAUUUUUUUUUUCUUCACUUGGAUAUGUUUCUCUCCUUCCACCAAUCUGAACUCUUCAUACACAUUCUGUGGCAUUCUCCCAUGUUUUUUUUGUUUUGUUUUGUUUUGUUUUUGUUUGUUUGUUUCUUUAAUCUUGUGUAAAUUGUAUGCUCAAAAUCCAUAAGAGGAAUUCUGGCUAUUUUUUAAAAGAAAAAAAUGUCUGUUUAAAACAUUUUUUUUUUUGUUGUAAAAAAUAUUUAUUAUGUGAAGCUCUAUUAUUUUAUGAUAUUUAUUGCAAGAGAUGGUCUUAAAUUUACUCAUGUCUGAAUAUAACAAAAUAUCAAAUACUUACUGAAAAAUUAAAGGGUGGCACAAAAGAAAACUAUGUUAACUUUAAUGCAGAAAAUAUAUUAAUUAAUGAAAAAAUA